AUGACUUUUACUGACUCUGAAAGUAAGAAAACAGAAAAUGAAGCCGAUGGAUCUGCGGAGACGACUCCGUUCUUUUCGUCCGAAUUCACCUCUACUGAUAAUGGACAUGUGGAGAAGUCGAAAGGCUUGUCCUGGGUUGUGACCGGUCUCUUUUUAUCCGGGGAAUUGGCCGGUGCUGGAGUCAUUGCGUUGCCUCUGGCAGUCAGAAAUUUGGGUGAGUCAUAUAAGGGUGCAAUUGUACAUUCCCAUAAUCUUGUGGUUGUAAUCUAAUGCUGCAGGGGUGUAUUUCGGUCUAAUGUUCCUGCUCGUGUGCGCGGCUAUGUGUAUUUACACUUCGAUGGCUCUGGGAAGAUCGUUUCUGAUCCUCCAAAAACACUGGCCCGUCUAUCGUCAUCAUUGCCGAGAUCCCUAUGCUCAACUUGGAUAUAGAUCUUAUGGCACGUGGAUGAAGUGGGUGGCUAAAAACUAAAUUUAUUUUUGAAAAACAAAUGAAAUUCAGGAGGCUGGUUGAGAUCACUUUGAACUUUGGCUCCUUGCCGGCGACUGUCAUCUUGAUUGUGAUCAGUGCCAACAAUCUGGGUGAUCUUAUCCACCAUUUUGCCGGAUAUGACUUGGAUUAUUGCUAUUCAGCCAUCAUCAUCACCCUGUUGGUGUCUCCGAUGAGUCUUCUGAAGUCUCCACAAGAUUUCUGGUAGCAAUGGUCUUACAAGGUUAUAAUAAGAUUUUUAGGUGGGCUUUGGUCAUUGGUAUGGUCUGCACAAUGGCAGCUGUAACCUUGGCCAUUUUUGGAAUCUCGAAUGACCUUACAGUAUGCCAGGACACUUUUACUACGCCAAGCUUUCAAUAUACGUCCGCAUUUGCGAGUUUGGGCAACGUUGUGCUGUCUUAUGGUGGUCAUGCUGCCUUCCCGACAGUCCAGAAUGACAUGAAAAGUCCUCAUAAGUUCACAUAUUCGGCUGCUUUUGCCUUCUCAUGUAAGGUUAUAUUGAAAAUUAAAAAGUUUUCAAAAAACGUGAAGGAAAGUCGGAGGCCAUAACUUCCGGCCUAGGCGGUGCUGAGACUUCGUAUUUGGAGUAUGUAUUUUUAAGUGACAUUAAUUUUUAUCUAUGAAAGAACACGAUUUUAAAGUGCAAACUGAGGUCGCUACGACCUCUUGCGUAGCAGCAUUUUUUACCCCGAAAACCAGUGUUUUUCGGUUUAAAAUGAUCGAGAAAUGUCGGAUUUUUUGGAUGUUUACGAUAGACAGAAUUGAUGUUGAAAACACGGAAGGAAAUUGCCUACACGUUGCAAAUUUUGCAAAAAUUGGGCCACCCUUCAUUUGAGGCAAAUUUCAUUUAGGGCUUUUCAUUUGAGGAUUUGGGGAACAUGGAUCGGCUAGCCAUAGUGUCAGAAUGUCUUUGAAGCCUAUAUAAAAGUUGCCAAAAGGUUGGGAAUGAGUUUCAGAGAGAAAUAAAAAAUCGUAAAUCCGAAUCCCCUGUGUAGACAAAAAUUAAUGUCGCUUAAAAAUACAUAUUCCAAAAACUAAAUGUCUGCGCCGCCUCCGCCGAACGUUACAGCCUUCGAGUUCCUUUCACGUUUUUUGUGAAACCUUGUAUUUCUUUGAGAGUGGGCCAAAAAACGGAAGGAGUUUCCAUUUUUGAGCUUACAGUUGUCAUUUACAGUAAUCACAUGUCUCUACUUCCCGAUUUCUCUGGCUGGGAAUCUUGCUUAUAAUGAGAAUCUCUCGAGUACCGUUAUCAGAAACAUCCAGAUGGAAUGGGUCCAGAACGCAGUCAACAUCCUGAUCACUAUACAUUGCUGUCUUACUGUAGUUCUGAUCAUCAAUCCGGUCAUGCAAACAGUCGAGGAACUCUUGCAUGCGCCUCACAGUAAUUUUAUUUCUAUAUAAAUAGAAUAAUCUUUCAGAGUUUGGAAUUCAUCGGAUUGUGAUUCGUUUCUCGAUGAUGGCUCUGCUUCUUUUCAUCGCUGAAACAUUCCCAGAAUUUGGUCCAUUGAUGGCAUUGGCUGGCGGUGUGUUUACUUCAACGACUUCCUUCGUAUUUCCAGCGAUGUUUUAUCUGAAACUUAAUGUUUUGGAUAAAAAAUUGAAUGAAAAAAAGACCAAAAAAUUGAUGGAAAGCGCGAUAGAAGAGAAACCUUCAGAGUCGGUACAGAUUGUGGUCGAUGAGUAUAAGGUUGGGCUGAUGGAGAGUCUUAGAAGGACCCAAAUUAUCCAUCUAAUACCUAUCCUUUGCGUCAUCGGUAAGUCAUGUUUUAUUAAAAAAUUAUUUAUUUCCAGUGGUGGGUCUCUUUGUGAUGGUAAUGGCUACAGCAUUUGCUGUCAUGGACAUCGCUACAGUAUCUUUCCAAGUUCCUUGUUAUCUGAGAUGGAUUGAUGGCAUAGGAAAGGUGAACAAUUUCACCAAAGAGAGCCCCACGGUCUGUUGCGGACAGUAUUCGAACAUCUCUUUGGGCACUUGCACUCCUCUACAUCCACUCAAUCAAUAUGAACGAAUAAACACUGAAUAG